ACUCCCGCCGCCCCGCAACCCUACAGGCCCACCAAGCGCACCGCCAAAGAUUACAUAUUCGGCAAACUGAUCGGCGAAGGCUGCUACAGCACUGUAUUCCUCGCGAAGGACAUUCACACCGGAAAAGAAUAUGCAAUCAAGGUAUGCGAGAAACUUUAUAUAAUACGGCACAAGAAGCGGGAAUACGUAAAACGGGAGAAAGAUGCUCUAAACAAACUGUUCAAUGUGCCACACGGUUUCGUGAAGCUGUACUGCACCUUUCAAGACGACGAGAGAUUGUAUUUUGUAUUAUCGUACGCCAAGAACGGCGAACUGUUGCCUUAUAUAAAUAAAGUAGGCUCCUUCGAGCUUAAUGUAGCCAAAUUUUAUGCCGCCGAACUAUUGUUGGCCCUAGAAAAGAUGCACGCUUUAGGUAUUAUUCACCGCGAUUUGAAACCAGAAAACAUAUUACUAGAUGAAAAUAUGCAUUUACAAAUAGCCGAUUUCGGGACGGCUAAAAUAUUACCCCCCGAAGAGAUCAGGUCGAAUGACCCGUGCACGGUUCCGGUAGAGGAGGACGACGACAGCCCGGGUAGAAAUGACCGCUCUAGAAAAAUAAGUUUCGUGGGAACAGCUCAGUAUGUAAGCCCCGACCUGCUGCAGAACCGCGUGAACACGCGAGCCUCCGACUUGUGGGCCUUCGGCUGCAUAGUGUACCAGAUGAUAAGCCCCUACCUGCCCGGCGGCUCCUUCGAGGGGGCCGAAGAGUACACUGUGCCCGACCACCUCGAGCCCGGCUUCGGAAAUAAUCAACUCGUCCGCCUUUGGGAAUUCGACCUAUCGACCUCUAGAGGUAUUUUAAACAUAAGCCCUGAAGAAAGACGUCGCCGACUCGAAGUUCAAGCACGCGAAAACAAAUGGCACCAAUUCGUCGGCGGAGAAUUGAUAUUGAAGCAGGGCCUCGUGGAGAAGAGGAAGGGCUUGUUCGCGCGCCGCCGCAUGCUUCUGCUCACUACUGGGCCCCGCAUGUUCUACGUCGACCCGGUCAACAUGGUUCUCAAGGGUGAAAUACCUUGGUCGCCUGAGCUCCGCGUUGAAGCGAAGAAUUUUAGAAUAUUUUUAGUACACACGGUAAGAAUACUAUCAAUAAUUAUUGCUUUCAUUUAAUAUCUGUGACU